AUGCUGUUGCUUUCUCUGGCUGGCGUCCAGAAGACAAGCAUCAGCCUGCGUUUCGUCCGAGCAGCACAUUCUAGCGGGCCGGCGUACUACGAUGCGAAAAUCGAGGACAUACGAAAUGUCGGGAUUAUUGCCCAUGUGGAUGCGGGCAAGACGACAACCACAGAGCGCAUGCUCUACUAUAGCGGAGUGACUCGGCAUCUGGGGAACGUGGACCAUGGCGACACAAUUACGGACUUUCUGCCCCUGGAGCGACAGAGGGGUAUCACGAUCCAGUCGGCGGCCAUCAGCUUCAACUGGCCUCCGCGACAGCACCUGGCGGAGGGGGUAAAUGCCAAGACGAUUAACCUGAUCGACACGCCGGGACACCAGGACUUUCGGUUUGAGGUGGACCGGUGCCUUCCGGUGCUGGACGGAGCGGUAUGCAUCAUCGACGCGGUCAAGGGGGUGGAGGCGCACACGGAGCGAGUGUGGUCGUCGGCACAGCGGUACGGAGUGCCGCGGAUCGUAUACGUCAACAAGCUAGACCGCGAUGGGGCAUCAUUCAAGCGAGCGGUGCUGGACGUGGCGUCACGACUAAAUGCAUAUCCGCUGGUGUGCCAGCUGCCGCUAUGGGAGAAGGAAGACAGCUUCGUGGGGGUAGUGGACGUGAUCCGACGGCGGGCGAUGAAGUGGACGGCGAGCGGGACGUGCACGCUGGUGCCGGAGGCGGCGGUGCGCAGCAACGAGCGGUUGUGGGAGGAACUGGAGACGGCGCGGACGCGGCUGGUGGAGCGGCUAUGCGAGGACGACGAUGAGCUGGUGGAAGCGUUUGCCGAGGUGGGAGCAGACCUGCCGGCAGACAUGAUCGUGGACAGCAUUCGACGAGUGGUGCGCAACAGCGGCGGGCUCGUGGUGCCGGUGUUUGCGGGCUCGAGCCUGCGCAACAUUGGCGUGGAGCCGCUGCUGGACGCGAUCGUGGACUAUCUGCCAAGCCCGCAACAGGCGCCGGACGUGAAGGUGCAGGUGGGGGGCUCGGAGACGAUGACGCUGGGCGAGGCGCUGCGAGCACACGACGACGGGCGGGCGAAGACGGCGAAGACGACGAAGACGACACAGCAACACCAUCCGUCGGUGGGCGCGGUGGCGUCGGUGUUUAAGGUGGUCAACGACCCGGCGCUCUUUCCGGGGACGCACGGGAUGCUGACGUUUGUGCGGGUGUACCACGGGGCGCUGCACAAAAACGCGCAGGUGUGGAACGCCAACCUGGGCCUGUUUGAGAAGCCGUUUCAGAUUGUGCAGGUGGCGGCGGCGCAGGUAGGCGAGAUCCCGUAUUUGUCGCCGGGACAGAUCGGAGCGGUGACGGGCCUCAAGGCGGCACGGACGGGCGACACGCUGCACAUUCUGCCGAGCCAUAGCCGGGGAAUGCCGGUGGCGCGGUUGCGGACGAUGACGAUCCGACCGGCAGAGAUGCGGCCGGCGGUGGCAUUUGUGUCGGCCGAGGCAUACGGCACGAGCGAGACGAAGCGGCUGGAGGAGGCGCUGGGCAAGCUGUCGCGCGAGGACCCGAGCCUGCGGUGGAGUAAGGACGAGAAGCUCGACACAUUUGUGCUGUCGGGCAUGGGGACGCUGCACCUGGACAUUGCCAUUGACCGGCUCAAGACGACGUACAAGGUCAACGCAGCGUUCAGCGACGUGCAGGUCGACUACAAGGAGUGUCUGACGGCGGCGACGGCGCGGCAUCACAGCGUGUACGACCGGGUGAUUGCGAACAAGGCGGGACGAGCGGGCUGCACGGCGACGAUUGCGCCGUUGAAGGGGGGGGGGGAGAGGGAAGAAGCGGGAGAGAUGGAAUACAGGCGCACAAUCGAUCGUGACGGCAACGUGUACGAGAUCCGGUUCACGACGGCCAGCGGCAGGCUCCCGUUUGACGCAGACGAGCUCAGCCGGCAGCUGUUCAGCGGCGCAUACGGGGCGAUGGCACGAGGGCCCCGACGUGGAUCUCCGCUGCAUGGUUGCCGGGUGGUGCUCGAGUUUGACGUCGAGGCAGACUAUGGCGGCGCGGGCACGGAGGGUCACGUGGUCAAUGCGGCGCUGCAAGCGGUGCGCGGGGCACUGCGUGAGGCGCACAGCCACGGCACGGUGGCGGUGCUAGAGCCGGUGAUGCUGGUGCACAUUGGGUGUCCGGAUGACAGCGCAGGCGCGAUCCAGCGCGACAUCACGGGGUCGCGCGGCGGGUUCGUGCACGAGGUGCGAGAGGGAGGGAGUGGUCGACCAAGUGCCGAAGCCGAAAAAGGCGAAAGUACCGAAAGUGCCGAAAAGACCAUCAAUCUCGGGCAGGUGUACGCGCCGGCCGACCCAUACGAAUCUGUACAGUCGCUGCGGGCGACCAAGCGCGGCGUGACGCGCAUGCUGGAAAUUGUGGCGCGUGUGCCGCUCAAGGAGAUGCUCUCGUACGACAGCCGGCUGCGCAGUAUGACGGGCGGGUGGCACUCGCUGACGAUGGUGCUGGACAGCUUUGAAAGGGUGAUGGGUUCGCGCGAGAAGAACGUGUAG